AUGGCAGCUAAGAGUGGUGUUGAAAUGAUAAAAAAUGUUGCCAAAUUUAUAUCUAAAGGCCCAAAUUUUGACCGCGUCACGCAAAUGGUAAAAAUAACAAGCGGCGGCGAUGGUAGCGUUGUGGGUGAAUUUACUGUGACUGCGGAACAUUUGAAUCGCUUGGGCUCGCUGCAUGGCGGUUUAACGGCUACCAUAUUAGACAAUAUAACUACUUAUGCACUAAUGUCGAAGGGCUCACAUCCGGGCGUCAGCUCCUGUUUAAAUGUGAGCUAUUUGUCGACGGCAAAACCUGGAGAUGUGAUCGAAGUGGAUGCUGUUACUUUGCAUGCUGGCCGUAAAAUGGCCUACAUUGAGUGUGUGCUGCGCAACAAAGCGGAUGGUCGAAUCAUUGCCAAAGGUGGACAGACAAAAUUCGUGGACUUUAACAAGUCAGCUGAAUAAGCUUUUAGUCAUUACAUGCAAUAAACAUCAAAUAUUAGCAA